AUGGCCUCUCUCCGCACCACGUCGCGGUUGUUCGCUGCGUCGCGGCCGCUCUUUCGGCCCGCUACCUUUGCUCGCUCCUACGCGACCGUCGAGGCCGGUUCUACCGACGCCGCCAAUGCCGGUCCGGAGGCCAAGUUGAAGACCUUCAAGGUCUACCGCUGGAACCCGGACACCCCGAGCGAGAAGCCCACCAUGCAGAGCUACCAACUCGACCUCAACAAGACCGGCCCUAUGAUGCUGGACGCCUUGAUCCGCAUUAAGAACGAGCAAGACCCCACCCUGACCUUCCGCCGGUCUUGCCGUGAGGGUAUCUGUGGUAGUUGCGCCAUGAACAUUGACGGUGUCAACACACUGGCUUGCCUGUGCCGCAUUCCCACCGACACUGCCUCCGAGUCUCGCAUCUACCCUCUGCCUCACACCUACGUCGUCAAGGAUCUGGUACCGGAUCUGACCCUGUUCUACAAGCAAUACAAGUCCAUCAAGCCCUACCUCCAGCGUGAUACCCCCAGCCCCGACGGUCUGGAGAACCGUCAAAGUCCCGAGGACCGCAAGAAGCUCGACGGCCUCUACGAAUGUAUUCUGUGCGCCUGCUGCUCAACCUCCUGCCCCUCAUACUGGUGGAACAGCGAGGAGUACCUGGGUCCCGCCAUCCUGCUCCAGUCUUACCGCUGGCUGGCCGAUUCCCGUGACGAGCGCACCGCCGAGCGCAAGGCCGCCCUCGACAACAGCAUGAGCGUCUACCGUUGCCACACUAUUCUCAACUGCACACGGACCUGCCCCAAGGGAUUGAACCCCGGUCGCGCCAUCGCCGAGACCAAGAAGAUGUUGGCCUCUAUGUAA